AUGAAUUGUUAACUAUUUAAUAGAUAGAAAUUAGGUAAUUCGAUAUUUUUAGACUUUAAAGAUAUAGAAAAUUUGGAAUCAAGCAACUUAGAAAUGCUUCUUCGUAUUUUUGAAAAAAUUAUUUUAACCUUAUUUUAAGAAGAAAUCCUCCGUCCUAAGAUAAUUUAAUCAGAUCAUGGCAAAAAUUUUGCAUAUUUACUUUCAAAUGGAGUUUGCAUUAUGAUAUAUACCUGGGAAUAAUAAAAAAAUUUAGCAAUAAGUUAUUACGAUCCUACAACUAAAUCUGAUUAAAAUGCUAAGCUAUUAGAAGAAGCUGCUUGUGAGUGGCUUGGCUGGCAAAACUGUACAUCAAAUAUUUCAUUAACUAGAGGUGAAAAAUGUAAACUAAUAUGUAAUGAAAGUGAAAAUAAGAGUGAAAUCUUGUUUAACUCUAAAUUAAUUUAUAGGGAAAUGACACCUUAUUAAGAGCUCAGGGUUUAUGAUACUUUAUAAAUGGGCAGAAUAUUAUUAUUAGAUGAUAUGGUACAAAUUACUUAAGAGGUAGAAGAUAAUUAUACUAUUGAUAUGGUAGCAGGAGUAGUUAAUAAAAAUCAAAACAAAAUAUAUGACCAUAUUUUGAUUAUUGGUGGUGGCGACAUGCUUAUUGCUAACUAUUUGCUUGAGAAGUUUAGCGAUGUUGUAUAAAAAAUUACAAUUUGUGAAAUUGAUCAACGAGUAAUUGAGGUUGUUAAAACUUACUUCUUUGACUCUAAUUUAGUAAAUGAAAGUAUUGAAAAAGGUAAAUUAAAUAUUGUGUAUUAAGAUGGAUCUUUGUAUGCCAAAGAGUUAGCAGACCAAGGAAAAUAAGUUGACGGUGUUAUUAUAGAUUGCACUGAUUUUCUUCCAGAAGGUGGAGUAUCUAGCUCAUUAUUUACAGAAGAAUUUUACAUAAAUAUAACAAAAUGUUUAAAAAAUGGGUGUUUCUUUUCUUAACAACUUUCUUACAAUGAAAUGAUUCCAGUAUCCAAGGCAAAAUGGGAUAAGUUAGGUUUAACAAAUUACAAUAUUAUUUUAAGUAAGACUCCUGAAUAUGGAGAAAAUUUACCUAUCGCUUAUGUUUAAAAAACAUAGUGA